AUGUUUGUUACUAUUGGAAAAAUUAAAGUUAUUCAACGCUUUGUCUUUUGUUCUUGUUCUCUUGAUAAUUUAGACUAUGACGUAUAUAUACCAGAAAAAAAUCGUAAUUGUUCAAUACAAGGUGAUAUAGUUGAAAUAACUAUAUUCCCUUUAUCUAAAUGGACUACUUCAAUUGUUCAUUUCACAGGACAACUUUUAAGUAUUAAUGAAAUAAAAAAAUUCUUUAAUCAAAGAGGGAAUGUAAUGCCUUAUUUAAUACAAAAUAAGUUGGAAGAAAAAGAUGUUAUUCAAGAAGCAAUUAAAGAAGAAAGAAUAUUUGAGAAUUUAAGACUAAUUCCUGUUGGAGAAGUACGUUCAAUUAAUAAUCCAACUGACAUUGAAGAUAUUACUGGAAUUAUUGAAUCUGGAAUCUUUUAUCCAGAUAAUGAGAGUCUUCCAAUUACUCCAACAAAUGAAAAAGGUAUAAAACGAGUUAUUGGAAGGUAUAGUAGAAGAGGAAAUAAUCUUUUUAUUCCACAAGCAAAGAAAGAAAAAAUAAAAAUACCUAAUAAAGAGGUAAUACCAAAUAAUCAAACUAAUAGUAGAGAAAUAAGAAAACCAAUAAUAAAUGAAAUUAUGCUUAAAUAUGGAAAUCUACCAAGAACAGAUAUAACUUCAAAAGAUAUUAUUACUAUUGAUUCUACAAAAACUUUUUUUCUUGAUGAUGCCAUUCAUUUUUCAUUACUAGACAAUGACUGUUUAGAAAUUGGUAUUCAUUGUACUGAUUUUUCUGAUGAAAUUGAUAUAUUUGGAGAAGAGUUUGAACGUGCAAGAAAAUUAAGAAAAGGAAUAGGAGGAAGAUCUAGACUAUUUGAUUAUGACUUUUUAGAGUCUAACUCAUUAAGAGUUGGAAAGAAAAGUAAAGCCUUUUCUAUUAUUUUUGAAGCAGACUUAGAGCAAAAGAAAAUUGUAAACAUUCGUUAUGGAAAAACAAUAAUUCUUAUUAAAGCACAAUUAACUUUUGAAGAAUUUGAUUCAAUUUUAGAAGGUAAUAUAAAGAGUAUUCAAAAAUCAAAAAUAUAUGGUUUAAAAGAAGAAGAAUUAGAGUCAUAUGUUCAUGACAUUAUUAAAUAUGGUAAAAUACUCUAUGGAGAAAAUACUAUUAAUAAUGGAGAAGAAGUAACUCAUAAAUUUGGUAAUGAAUCUAAUAGAGUUCUGGGACAAGAACUUCAACGUAUUUAUGGAGAUGUUGCUUUGGUUAAAAAAAGUUCAAAUGGUAUUUACGCCUCUUUUAGAAGUCCAUUAAGAAAAUUUAAUGAUUUGUGUGUACUUCGUCAGAUUGAAUCUAUGGCUACUUCUAUGUCAAAAGAAGAUAUGACUUUGUGGGUAUGUGGAGUUGAUAGCCAUGAGUUCAAACGAUUGUUUGAUUUAAAUUAA